AUGAAUUUACCGGAAUCCGACAGCGAAGACGAACUACCUCCAGGUUGGGAAGAACGAGUAACCGUGGACGGAAGCGUUUACUAUGCCAAUCACUUAACGAAAAACACCCAGUGGACCCACCCCAGAACAGGCAAGAAAAAAAAGGUGUCUGGAGAACUUCCAUUCGGCUGGCAAAGAUGCGCCGAUAAAAACACAGGAAAAGUAAUAUACGUGGAUCAUGAAAACAGACGAACGACUUACACCGAUCCUAGACUGGCCUUCGCAGUCGAAGAAAAAGAACACGUCAACGAUUACAGGCAAAGGUUCGAUGCUUCGAGUACGGCCUUGCAGGUGUUGCACGGAAGGGACUUGAACGGUAAGGUGGCUUUAAUUACCGGAGCAAAUGCAGGCAUAGGGUUCGAAACGACAAGGUCUCUAGCCAGACACGGUUGCAAUGUGAUUAUGGCCUGCAGGAAUUUGGCGUUUGCGGAAGAAGCAAUAAAUCAAAUAAAAGAAGAUAAACCUAUUGCUGGGGAAAAUUGCAUAGCUAUAUUUUUGGACCUAACAUCACUCUCUUCUGUGAUUCAAUUUGCAAAUACAGUAAAAAGCAAAUACGACAGAAUAGACAUGCUGAUUUUAAACGCCGGCGUUUUUGGGCUUCCAUUUAGUAAAACUCAGGAUGGAUUCGAAACGACAUUUCAAGUGAAUCAUUUAUCGCACUUUUACCUUACAAUACUGCUCAGACCGCUGCUGGUCAGCGGAUCGAGGGUUGUCAUCGUAUCAUCGGAGUCGCACAGAUUUGCCGAUCUAACGGCCGAAAAUCUAACAUCGCUCACUCUUUCGCCCGAGUUGCCUAGUAAAUAUUGGGACAUGAUGGCCUACAACAACUCGAAAUUGUGUAACGUUUUGUUUGCUCGUCGCUUGGCGAAAAACCUACAAGCCUAUGGGAUAUCGGUGUUCAGUUUACAUCCUGGCAACAUGGUUUCGUCGAAAUUGGCUCGAAACUGGUGGCUGUAUAAACUCCUGUUCGCCAUCGUGAGACCGUUUACCAAGAGUUUACAACAAGCCGCUAGUACUACUGUAUUUUGCGCUACUGCAGAAGAGCUGACUGGUGUUACUGGUGUUUAUUUCAACAACUGCUUUCGGUGUCAGGAAAGUGAUGCAGCAGGAGAUGAUGUUCUCGCCAAUUUACUUUGGAGCACUAGCGUAGAGAUGAUACAAAGCGUGUUGGGAAAUAAUGCUCCCGGUUUGGAAUUUGAGAAAACUUAA